AUGUACAACAUAACAAUUUUGCAUAAUAAUGAUAUCUAUCAUCAUCAUCAUCAUCAUCAUCAUCAUCAUCAUCAUCAUCAUCAUCAUCAUCAUCAUCAUCAUCAUCAUCAUCAUCAUCAUCAUCAUCAUCAUCAUCAUCAUCAUCAUCAUCAUCAUCAUCAUCAUCAUCAUCAUCAUCAUCAUCAUCAUCAUCAUCAUCAUCAUCAUCAUCAUCAUCAUCAUCAUCAUCAUCAUCAUCAUCAUCAUCAUCAUCAUCAUCAUCAUCAUCAUCAUCAUCAUCAUCAUCAUCAUCAUCAUCAUCAUCAUCAUCAUCAUCAUCAUCAUCAUCAUCAUCAUCAUCAUCAUCAUCAUCAUCAUCAUCAUCAUCAUCAUCAUCAUCAUCAUCAUCAUCAUCAUCAUCAUCAUCAUCAUCAUCAUCAUCAUCAUCAUCAUCAUCAUCAUCAUCAUCAUCAUCAUCAUCAUCAUCAUCAUCAUCAUCAUCAUCAUCAUCAUCAUCAUCAUCAUCAUCAUCAUCAUCAUCAUCAUCAUCAUCAUCAUCAUCAUCAUCAUCAUCAUCAUCAUCAUCAUCAUCAUCAUCAUCAUCAUCAUCAUCAUCAUCAUCAUCAUCAUCAUCAUCAUCAUCAUGAAUAUGUGAACAGUUUUUCAAAAGGGGUUUUUAUACAAGGAAAAAAACUUUUACUGCGUCAAUUAUGCAGCAAAACCACAAUGGCAUUGUUUAAAUAA